AUGAGAGAAAGACGGCGACGAAUAAGAGGUGGAACUUUAAAACCAUCACAAGUAUCUGUGAAUCCAGCGCAUUUACCGGACCGAGUGAAGCGAAAGUUACAGGGCCAGCUAGAAGGUGGAAAACCAGAGGCCAAGGAUGUGUCUCCCGAAACUUCAGUGCCGCAAGUCUCAGAGCCUUCACCCUCAAAAUCACCCACAGAAAAUAGAGGAGAUACAAAAAGACUUUCUCGAAAAGCAAGGGCUACAGCACUUGGAGAAGAGCUUCAGCCAUCUGCACCCUCGCCGCAACUUGGCUCGCGCAAGGCCGAACCCACACUACCGUAUAUCAAGCAGGAGCUUCCUUCUAGCCAUGUCAAGCUUCAUUUUACCAACCUGGAAGACUUCGACUGGUACUGGGAAUCGUUUCCCCCAACUAUUGCACAAAAGACACAGGCGAACCAUUUCUUUACAAAUCACGGCAAGAACGCAAAGUUACUACGAAGUGUCGCCCAGUUCCGCCUGUUUCCAGAGUCUGACGUACCCGAGGUUGCGUUUGUCGGCCGUUCUAAUGUCGGCAAAAGUUCAUUACUUAAUGCCAUUGUAAAUGCGGACAUCAAAGCGCUAUUAGCUCGUACAUCCUCGACGCCAGGCUUUACUAAGACGAUGAACCUCUAUGGUCUGGGCGCUGGAAACGGCGUUAUCAUAAAGAAACAGCCUAAUGGACGCGACAAAAUCGUUGGCCUUGGCGGUUUGACCAUUGUCGACAUGCCCGGAUAUGGCGAGGGUUCCCUCGCUUCCUGGGGAGUCGAGAUUAUGAAGUACAUACGCAGCCGCAAACAACUCCGCCGUGUUUUCGUCUUACUAGAUGCUGAGCAUGGUAUCAAGGACAAGGAUCGCUCGCUACUGGCCUCUCUUCGCCUAGCUGGCGUUAGUCACCAGGUCAUCCUGUCCAAGUUAGACAAGCUCUACAUACCCCAAGCCAAGGACAUCAAACGAUUCGACGGCAAAUCUGCCCGGCAUUUGGCACCCAAAGGCACACCAGAAAAUGUGAGGCGGACUAUGGAGAAGUUGAAAAAUGAGAUUCAGCCGCCGGUUGGAGGAGGCGCUCUUGGAGAGAUCCUGGGCGUAAGCGCGGAGACGCUCGUGGACGGCAAGAGACUAGGUAUCGAUCACAUCAGAUUUGCGGUUUUGAAAGCGGCCGGUUUGGACGGGAAGUUCAAGAAAGACGUUACCACGCCUUGGGCUAAGGAUGUCUAA